CUCCGGAUUUUUCAGUUAGAUUCGUUGUUUAUGACCCAGUUAGGGCUGCUUUUUUGGCAACAUUGCAAUGAUCGGAGAAGAAUUUAGCGUGGAGUGUGAUGAGGCAGGAGAACAGUGUAUACAUAUAACAUCGAGAUUUUGUACUCUUCGCUAAAGUAAUCCCGAAUUUGAGUUUUAUUGCACGAUAAGAGACUGGUCGAGCGCCGUGAAAUAGUUACUCUUGGGAAGAAUGAAGUUUCUAGUAAUGUAAUCAAGGACCUGAACAAUCCGUGGAUGAGAUGUAUGGAAGCAGGCUUUUUAGGUCUUCUUAACAUUUUAGUGAGACCAGGAUGUCGUAGUUGCAGUUGAUAUGAGAAAUCUCAAGUACUCUAUCAAUGCUUUCUCUCUGUUGUUUGCCCUGGCCGUGAAUGCUAAAUCUGAGAGUACCAGCCCCGGGCUAUGAACUUCUUUUCAUUUCCCUUUUUCCCCUUAUGUUUUCCAAUUAUUCACUUAUAAUUUUUAGGCAGGCCGAGUUGUUUAUACAGCAAUAGGUACAUCAUUGGGAACUGUACGAAUGGUUAAGUCCAAAUAUGCUGUUGAGACAUAAACUACAAUUUCAUCAUGUAAUAGUUAAUGAAAUUUGAUGUGGAAGUUGCAGUAAGUAGUUACCCAGCCUUGGCAUUUAGCCUAUCUUCGUGUUCCUUGGUUUGGGUGCGUUGACUUAAUUUUUCAUUUUAUUAUAUUUGGUCGACUGGAGUGCCGCAAGUGAAUGUGUAGUUGCCAAAUGUUGAAAAAUAUAUCAGCGUGUCAUGGUCGGAGCAGGAAUGUUCUAAGUUAAUCAAUGGAAGGAAACUUCAGACAACACAUGAUAUGCAUGUUGGAAUGGAAAGGGUUUGGAAGCAUGCUGAUCAGAAAGAAGCUGGUUUUCUUGGUAGACAUGAAUUUUAUAAUGCUCUUAAACUCGUCACUGUGGCACAAAGCAACCGAGAGCUGACCCCCGAAAUGGUGAAGGCAGCAUUGUAUGGCCCAGCUUCAACUAAAAUUCCAGCACCUCGAAUAAACUUUGCGGCCACACCUACUCCAAGAGUGGCUGCUCCGCAAAUAGGUAGCACCACACCAUCACCAUCAUCAAAUAUUAGCAUCAGAGGGCCACCUGUACCAGGAUCUGUGAGCACAAAUCAGCAGUUUUUCCCAUCCCAGCAAAACCAAUUUGUGACAUCACUCCAGGCUGUAUCUCCUGCUGCUGCAUCACAUCCACUACAUCCCAGCCAAAGUAUGCCAAGGGGGGGAGCUAACCUGGUAGGUCCUCGACCACCUUCUGCAAAUGUCUCUACCAACUGGCUUGGUGGAGGCACAGGUGCCCCAACUUCACAAGUUACUAGCAAAGGCAUCAGUACCUUCACUGCUCAGGAUGGUUUUGGGCUUACAACAGGAAAUUCUGUUCAAUCUAGGACACAGAUGACCACUUUACUGGCACCUUCUAUUGAAGCGAAACCACAAAAUCUAGCCACAACUUCCAACCAUGUUGCAGCCAAAGAAUCUAAGGCAGUAGUGGUUUCAGGGAACGGGGUUGCCUCUGAACCACUAUUUGGAGAUGUAUUUUCUGCAACUCCGGUCCAGCCAAAUCAAAAUUCGUCUGCAGCUACGUCAUCUGCUGGUGGCUUGCCCGUCUCAUCAACGAUUGUUCCGGCAUCUAUGGGCUCCCCAUCUUCAGUAAAGUCAAAUACGUUUGAAUCUCUACAAAGUUCGUUUUCUCAGCAACCAGGUGGUGGUCAGUUACAGCAUGGGCAGUCAAAACAAAAUCAGCCGGUUUUAGCUAGUACCACUGCUUCUACUCCAACUGGUUUUUCUCUUGGAGCACAGAAUUUAACAGCCCAUCAGUCACAGCCUCCAUGGCCAAGGAUGAAUCAGUCCGAUGUUCAAAAGUAUGCGAAAGUGUUUUUUCAAGUAGAGACUGAUAGAAAUGCGAAAAUCACUGGUGAACGGGCACGGAACCUGUUCUUGAGUUGGGGGCUGCGACGAGAGGUCUUAAAGCAGGUGUGGGAUUUAUCCGAUCAAGAUAACGACGGCAUGCUUUCUUUGAAGGAAUUCUUUGUUGCUCUCUAUUUGAUGGAACGCUUCAGGGAAGGGUGCCCUCUUCCACCAGUGCUCCCAAGCACUAUUAUGCCUGAUGAAGCCUUGUUGUUUGCCAUUGGUCAGCCUACAGCAUCAUAUGGCACUGCAAGUUGGGGGCCUAGUACUGGUUUACCUCAAUCACAAGUUACAAGACAUGCACGACCUCCAGUCGCACCUGUUACUGGAGGAAAGCCGCCAAGGCCAUCUACCGUGUCUCAAAAUGAUGGGACUACGCAGCCCAGGCAGCUGAAACCCAAAGUACCAGUCUUGGAAAAGCAUCUUGUGGACCAACUUAGCCAAGAGGAGCAGGAUUCUCUAAACUCAAAAUUCCAAGAAGCAUCUGCAGCAGAUAAAAAUGUGGUAGAAUUGGAAAAGGAGAUAUUGGAUUCCAAACAGAAGAUUGAGUUCUUUCGUGCCAAGAUGCAGGAACUCAUUUUAUAUAAGAGUAGAUGUGAUAAUCGAUUUAAUGAGAUUAUAGAACGGGUGUCUGCAGAUAAACAUGAGCUUGAUUUGCUAGCGAGGAAGUAUGAAGACAAAUACAGGCAGGCUGGGGAUGUAGCGUCCAAAUUAACUCUCGAAGAGGCUACAUUUCGUGACAUUCAGGAGAGAAAAAUGGAAUUGUAUCGAGCCAUUGUUAAAUUAGAAGCUGGAGGCACUGACGAUGAUGCUCUUAAGGACCGUGCUGACCAUAUCCAAUCAAGUCUUGAGGAACUAGUGAAAACUAUGAAUGAACGCUGUAAACAAUAUGGAUUGCGUGCCAAACCAAUUUCAGUAGUUGAGCUCCCUUUUGGUUGGCAACCUGGAAUUCAAGAGGGAGCGGCUGAUUGGGAUGAAAAUUGGGAUAAGUUUGAGGAUGAAGGAUUCACAUUUGUCAAGGAGCUUACCCUUGAUGUGCAAAAUAUCAGAGCCCCCCCAAGACCAAAAUCUACAUCAAUUCAAAAACAAGUGACAUCAACAAAUGAGGGUUCAAAUAAUUCAUCAAAUGAUAUAAGCAAGUCGGAGAAGGUUUUAAGUACAGGUGGACAAAUUUCUGAGGAGUCUGCUAAUGACCAAACUGAGAAUGGUGUUUUGAAAAGUCCUGAAAGUCCAAAUGGUGACACUGCGAAAGACAGCGACUCUCAACAUAUCAAUUCCCAUCCCAAUGGAAGUGCUGGUGCUGAUGGAUUACCCCAUGUUAGAGACACUGAAAGUAAUCAUGGCUCAGCAGAGCCUGUGCUCUCUGGAGACAGAAGUUUUGACGAAUCUAAUUGGGGCAAAUUUGCCACUCAUUAUGAUGCUGAAUCAGUUUGGGGCUUUGACUCUAUGAGUAUCAAGGAUAUGGAAAAUGAGAGGCAUCAUCAAAAUUCUAUGUCUGGUCUUGAUGACUUCAGUCUCAAGCCGAUUAAAACAGAGCCCUCAGAUAACAUGUCCAGGGGAAAGAGCUCAUAUUUGUUUGCGGAUUCUGUACCGAGCACCCCUGCAAAGCCAUCAUCUAUUUUUGUGGAUUCUGUUCCAAGCACGCCUGCGUACCAUUUUGAGAACACCCCUAGAAGGUUGAGUGAGGGACCAGAUGAGCACUCAUUCUACAACUUUUCUAGGUUUGACUCAUUUAACAUGAAUGACAGCACGCAUUCCCCAAGGAAUUCUUUUGCAAGGUUUGAUUCCAUGCGCAGCACAGGAGACACUGAUUUCGGCCAUGGGUUCCCAUCAAGUUUUGAUUCAUUCAAUGCUCGAGACUCAGAAUUUGGUCAUGGGUUUUCUUCAAGGUUUGAUUCAUUUAGCACUGGAGAUCAUGAUGACAGUCACAGAUUCCCAUCAAGCUUUGAUUCUUUUAAUGCCAAAGAAUCACAAGAUCAUGGGUUCAUGACGAGGUUUGAUUCAUUUAGCGCUAGAGAAUCUGGCGCUGGCCAUGGAUUCCCAUCAACAUUUGAUUCAUUUAGUGGAAAUGACAGUGGAUUCUCUCAAUCCCCACGCAUGCUAGCAAGGUUUGACUCUGUACAUAGCUCCAGUGAUUUCCCAUCGUUUGAUGAUGCAGAUACAUUUGGUUCAAGUGGGCCAUUUAAGACUUCGGGGCAAAGUGAAACUCCAAGAAAAAAUUUUGAUGAUUGGAAUGAAACUCCAAGGUAUAAUUGGAGUGAAACUCCGAGGAAAGAUUCUGACAAGUGGAGUGCAUUUUAGUCGGGUUCAGUGUUAAUCGGUGUGCGCAAUCCUUUUCCCCAUUUGAAGCCUUCUUGAAUCUUGAUUGGUAUGUUAUUGUAGCUGUGGUGGCCUUGAUAUUUGAUUGGCAUAUAGUACAGAAAUUUAAUGAGUGAUUAUGCUGUGUGGUGUAGUCGUGUAGUCUCUCUCCCCACCCCCACCCACAAA